CUCAUCGCGCCAGGAGCGAAAGUCAAAGUACAUUUUGAAUCUCUUGAACUAAUAGCGACAGAUAAAACUGCGUUUAUACAUUUGCGAAACCUUUCCGUUAAGAAGACGGGCUCUGCGCUCGGUUGUUUGCACAGGCGGGGUGUUGCGUUGCUCUCUUCUUUGGUGUCACGCUAAGCUGAUCAUGCUUUCUUCGAUCAAAAUCGUUAGUAAAACUCGAGCAGUCUUUGGUGGAUCUCGGGGUUUUAAAGCGUGUGCUUCUCAGACACUCGUAAAACAGGGAAACUUUGACGGGGAUCAGAGCAAUGCGUCUUGCACGCGCCGAAUGUCCGGGAACGGCUUCAAUGUCCCGCCGAGCGCGGAGUUUGUGGCGAGGGUCAGCGGGAUCGCCACUAUGUGCAAACUACCGUUUCAGAAAACAGCGCACGGGCUGGACGCGGCGUUUGUCGGGGUUCCCAUUGACACCGGAACAUCCAACCGUCCCGGUGCAAGUUUGGCAUUGUGUAAUAUGAAUACACAGAAAUUGUAUCUGGUGCCCAAACCUGGUCGGUCUGAAAUACUGCUCUUUCUGCUGUUCAGGCAUGGUCCAGUGGGCCUAAUACAUGUGGAUGCCCAUGCAGACACUAGUGACAUGAUUCUGGGUGAGAAAAUUGGUCACGGGACCCCUUUCAGACGCUGUGUGGAUGAGGGGCUCCUGGACUGCAAGAGGGUCGUUCAGAUCGGGCUCAGAGGCUCGGGUUAUUCUCCAGAUAAUUAUGAGUGGAGCCGAGCACAGGGUUUCCGUGUAGUGGAAGCUGUGGAGUGCUGGCACAAAUCUCUUGUCCCGCUCAUGGAGGAGGUUCGCUCACAGAUGGGAACCGGACCAGUCUAUCUCAGCUUUGACAUAGACAGUCUGGACCCUGCAUUCGCUCCAGGCACAGGAACACCUGAGAUUGCUGGCCUCACACCCAUUCAGGGUCUGGAAAUCAUUCGAGGUUGUCGAGGUGUUAAUCUUGUGGGUUGUGAUUUAGUUGAGGUUUCUCCACCUUAUGACACCACAGGUCGAUAA